AUGAUAGAAGCCGUUGAUAGAAUACUCGUAGUUGAUGCUCCUAUUGUGACUGAUACUUCCAUUCAAAAAGAGAAUCUCAUAAGUGUUUUUCCUUCUUCAGGUUCUAGUUUAAAUCAACAUGGAGAAAUUAAUUUUGUUAUUGAGACAUGUGAUCAGUAUCUACACUUGCAUAAGUCUUACAUUUACCUCGAAGUAGAACUUUCCAAAUUAGAUGACUCUGCUUUAGCAGAAACUGAUGAAGUCUCCUUAACUAAUAAUGCACCAAUGUUCUUGUUUGAUAGAGCAACAUAUAGUAUGGAUGGUGUUCAAGUAGAAAACAUAAUGGAUCCUGGUAGAGCUAGUUUGAUGAAAGGUCUUUUGACUUAUAGUAGUACUAUGAAUAAGCAGAAUACUUUUGGCUGGAUUUUAGAAACUAAGGAUAUUAUAACAUACAAAAUAAAUAAAUAUACGAAAAAUAGAAAAGGCACUAUAACUUUUUGCAUUCCGUUGACACAUAUCUUUGGAUUUGCUGAAUGCUACAACAAAAUAGUCUAUGGUAGGAAGCAUCAGUUAUCACUCUACAGAUCUCCUGAAAAUAAAAAUAGCAUUGUAUCGUCAGAUGCUACAAAAUUUACAGCGAAGAUGAACAUCAAAAGAUUACAAUGGAUUAUUCCAAAGAUUGUCCCUAGUCUUGAAAUGCAGAAUAAAUUAUUGAAUAUUUUCGAAAGCAGUAAGUUAGUACAAAUGCCUUUCAUUUCUAGACAAUUCGAAAGCUAUAAUAUCCCUAAUGGUAAUAAGGAAUUCACAUGGAAGAUGGGUACAAAAUAUGACAAAAUAAAAUAUAUUGUAGUAGCAUUUCAAUGUGCUAGGGAUAACAACUAUCUGAAUGCUAGUAAAUUUGACAAUUGUGGAUUAGAAGAAAUUUAUGUUGAAUUAAAUUCAGAGAGAUAUCCUCAUGACUGUUUGAAAUUUGAUUUUGAUAAGUUUAAUGCUGUACAACAAUACAAUUUUGCUAAAGAGUUUAGAAACAGUUACUAUGAAUCGACAAAGGAUUAUAUUUUUAUGGAGGAAGAUGUAUAUUAUUACUACUACCCUCUGUUAGUAUUUGAUGUAUCCAAACAGAAUGAUAGAAUUAUUCAAUCAAGACCUGAUGUCACAAUCAAAGCUUCCUUUUCAAAGAGUAUUGUAAAAAACACAAAAUGUUAUUGUUUGAUUAUGAGUGAAAAUAUUGUUGAAAUUAAAGAAAAUAGAGUUAAAGUAGUGAGUGUUUAA